UAAUUAUUAUCUAAUUAUCUAAUUUAUCCACACUGCACAGCAAUAAACAGUUUCAUAGAGCUGAAUGCAACUGCGCAAAAUCUUUAGCUUGCCAGUCCAAUCGCUGUCCCCCCUUUUGUUUACAUACCGCUCUCGUCAUUAUUUUCGGAAUAUGUCUUGUUCCGAUCUGGUUCCUCCGGCCGCUGUCCGUGGGAUGACCGUGCUCGAUAAAGGUGCCUUUGAAAAACGAAUUAGUGUACCCCACCUGCUAGUGCCUCGUGAUUUAGAUUUCAAUCAGAUAUGUUCGACAACGAAGAAUCUUCUGCUGAAGAUAGAACGAUUCAAACCGGUAAAUUCAGAAGAAUUCAAGAUAACACUGCAUCCUCUAGCUGUAAAGCAAUGGGAAGACUUGAAGGACGUAAAUCUGGAGAAAAAGGGUCUCAGUGAAAAAAACUUGGUGUGGGAAGAAAUCAAGCUUGGAUAUGACAAUUGGAGAUACGAUGAGAUACUGAAGGCUGUUCUACCGGAAGAUAAAGAAGCCUUGACGACAUUUUCGAAGGUUGGACAUGUGGUUCACUUGAAUUUGAAGGAACAUUUGUUACCGUACAGAAAUCUUAUUGGGGAAGUCGUUAAAGAUAAGAUACCUGGCUGCAGAACGGUCGUUAACAAGCUGCUAACGAUUGAUAACACGUAUCGGAAUUUUCAAAUGGAAUUGCUCUGCGGAGACGAAGACUACCAAGUAUCGCUCAAAGAGAACGGCUGCAUUUUUGAAUUCGACUUCUCCAAAGUUUAUUGGAAUUCGAGGCUUUCAACCGAACACGCCAGAAUCGUUCAAAUGCUGAACAAGGAAGAUAUAUUGCUCGAUGUGUAUGCCGGUGUUGGUCCCUUCAGCGUUCCUGCUGCCAAGAAGGGAUGUGCAGUGCUGGCGAACGAUCUUAAUCCCGAUUCGUACAAGGCAUUGGUGCAUAAUUGCAAGAAAAACAAAGUUGAUGCAGGAGUUCAAUGUUUCAACAAAGAUGGAAUCGAGUUCAUUCGGGAUGAUAUUAGAAGAUACAUUAUUUCUCGAAACGCAGGUGAUAACACCAGAGGACAAAUGCACAUUACGAUGAACCUUCCGGCUUUAGCCGUUGAGCACUUGGAUAGCUAUGUUGGUUUGCUUCGAGGAGAGACCCUUGAGAUUACGCACUUCCCAAUAGUGCACGUCUAUUGCUUUGCAAAAGGGGUUGAUGACAAGAAAACCCUAGCUCGAAAAAUGGUGGAGGAAAAUAUGGGCAUUCUGUUGGGUGACAACCUGAAAGAAAUUUCAUUUGUGAGAAAUGUAGCACCUAACAAGGACAUGAUGCGGGUUAGCUUUCUUCUAACUCAGGAAAUCUUGUAUUCCAAUGGCAGUUCCCUGAAACGAGCAUCUCCCGUGGACAGCCUGCAAAGUGCUAAACGGAAAUGUAAUUUUCCAAAGAUGGGCAAAAGGAACAUCAAAAAUCGCAACCAGCAGAAACAGAUAGCAAAGAAAGUUAAUAAUAUCUUCACUGUCUCCCAGGGCAAGAAAAGCAAUGCCAAGAAGGCGAAAGAGGUGUCGACGAAAUUGAAAAAGAUAAAUGUACACGACAAGCGAGAGAAAGCGGACAAAAACUUCCAGGCUCUGCACGCUCAGAUAGUGUCCAAAAAGCCAGAAAAGAAACCACCACCGAAACCACUUCCCCAGAAGAACAAAAAGCCAACUAACACCAAACAGGUGGAAACGGGUUUGGAUGAGAUGCAGGUGUAGUGCUGCGCCGAUAAGUAUCCACAAAUUUCCGCAUAAGUGUACAUUGUUUUUAGCAUAUGAAGCUGUAAUUAU